AAGUCCAUCGAUCCAGAGGGACCACUUGCCGUUGGCCAAAAGAUCAAAGUAAAAUUUGGCCGGGGAUCUGUACGUCAUGCUGCUGUUGCCGUGGAAUCAUGGAGUCCCGUUCAAACAAAAAGUACGUUACUUUCACUUUCAUUUCUUCUUAUGAGGUAUUUGGCGUCUCUUUCGAAUUCCCAAACUAAAAUGUGGCUUUCAAUGAAAAUCACGUAGGCAAAGUUUAUUCUAGAAUUGCGUUUCAUCAGUCCUUCAGGAUGGUCGGAAACAAAUCCCCAGUUGCAAUCCAUUUCAAUUAAGUUUCCACUAUCAGCGCCUGAUCGCAUAUUACUUCAAUGCCUGGCUGACAAACCUUUUAACCGAAUUAACCUUUAAAAGCUCUUAACGUGAUUACUUGCUGAAUGAAAAUUUGGGCUCCAAACAAAAUUCUUGUUAGUCGAAUCCUGCGCUUCAGCGCGUUCAGCUGCGAAGUAUUAUUCGUUUUCCUUACCGCUACAGAUAGGCCUGAGAGAGGUACAGUUCUUUCUGGCGGUUAGGGCAGGACAUUUUGUUGAAAUUCUGCACGUUUCUAAAAGGCGGUCAGAGAUUAUAGUCUAUUCAAGACCCUUCCCGGCCGUCAGGCAUGUAGCCUCAGCGAACAUAUCAAUUUAAGUUACCCUAAUCAUUUUAGGCAAUGAAACAUCCAAACAAGAAUCGGACGACGAUGAAGACGACAUCCCCCUAAAACAACUUGCCCGGCAGAAGAAUUCGGGUAGCCCUGAGAAAACGUCUGAAGCAACACAGUACACAGAAUAUAUCUCGAAGCGAAAUCAGAACAUUUUAACUUUUCAAGAGAGAAAUUUGAAAGAAAAAACUGCGGCGAAAACAAUCCAUGGCACCCGUGUCGGCCAAGACAACGAAUUGGUGACAAAACCAGAAGUUGGCACUUCAAAACCCGGGGCGUGCAAGUGCAAAGAUGUUGCUGGCCCGCAAAGUGAGAAACUGAAGAAGCCUGACACCUUUGUGAAACGCCGUCGCGAGAGCUCAUUAUCAUCAUUAUCAGAUGUUACCAAUGAAGACCAGCAGCCUCAAAAUAUCAGCGACGACAAGGACGUCUAUAACUAUGACUUCACUGGAAUAUGGGAGAAUGAUGCGUUGGACUACCUUCCAGACACGAGUCAAAUUGCUGAGGUACUAGAAUUAGCAUUUAAUUUAAAAAAAGUAUUUCGUGAUUUAUUCAGUAUGAGGGACAGCGAGAUCGGGGCAUGAAGCCCUCCUGCACAUUUUCUGAAAAGAAAACUGUUAUAUUUGCGAGAAAAGAAGGGUCCCUUUAUAAUAAUUAUUUCCCCUUCCACCCUACUGAAACGGACCUGCCUCCUCCCUCGUAUCCCCCAAUUUGGUUGAAAAAAGGUUUUUUUUUCUUGUUUCUAAAUAUUAUUCAAGUACUUUGUAAUAUUCAUGUUUUGAUUGUAGUUGUUCCAUGUUCAAGCGGAAUUGAUCUAACGUAUUCCCUGAAUGAUGAGAUAAAUUAACAAGACGUCUCACAGACAAAAAUUUGCUAGGUCUUAGUUUUCUCUUUGCUGUUGUAUGUUUUAGGGAAGUUCACUUCAAAUUCGGGCUAUUUAGGUCCCCAGAUCCUUCGCAUCUUCAUCGAGUCAUCAUUUUAGGGACACUUUUCUUUCUUUGUUAGUACAUGCAGCAUGCAAUCACACCAAUUUCGGAUGAGCACUGAUUUGCACCAAUCGACAGUACUAUUAAGUGCAAGACCUUGUUUUAUUUAAGGCUUUAGAAAUGGAAACGCAUAAGGAAACGCAUAAUACCAAUCUCAACGUCUUACUUAGGAUGUGAAAACAACGAAAGAUUGGGUGGAAGGCCUACAUAAGAAAGCAGAUCUUUUAUUCAGUUUGGUGACUGCAAUAGAAGCUAGAUUAGCGGCCAUAGAAGCUGGAAUUUGCCUGGUCCCUUUAUCUGUUAAUGAUCCUCGCAGCCAACCCCCAAAUUACAACAUUCCUAAUGUUCAAUUACCGAUCCGGUCAGCAUCUCCACAGUCUACAGUUCACAGUCCCCACACACAGAGUCGGCCCAUAAUCGCAUCUACGUCCACUUCAACAAGCACAUCCGUCUCACAGCCCGUACAGUCUUUCCAACCAGAAUCCCGCGCACUCGACGAUACAUUGCAGUCAACACCGGUAAAACCAACUCGUCGUCUACAACCGUUAUCAAGCAUUUCCCCCAUCGUUUCCAAUCUGCCGAAAGAGACUGCCUGUAACCUAAAGAAAUAUCAACAAAAAGCGUCUUCGAGAAAGAAGUACACGAGGAAAUGUUUGGAGGAGAUUUUUAGUGCAGAUGAACUUGCUUCUUGUAACUUAAGUGGCAACGCGGGCAAAGACAAGCUCGAUGAAUACAAGGCUGGACUCGUCAAACGUGAGUAUUGA